CCGUGUCCGGUCACGUGCGCGCGAGCUUCCCGGUGGAGCCGGCUCGGGCUCGGGAUUGGGGAGCGGGGGCCGAGAUGCGCGUGAAGAUACUGAGCCGUAACCCCGACGACUACGUGCGCGAGACCAAGUUGGACCUGCAGCGCGUUCCAAGGAACUAUGACCCUGCAUUGCAUCCAUUUGAGGUUCCACGAGAAUACACAAGAGCUCUGAAUGCAACAAAGCUGGAGCGUGUGUUUGCAAAACCCUUUCUCAGCUCACUUGAUGGCCACAGAGAUGGAGUUAAUUGCAUGGCCAAACAUCCAAAAAGUUUGUCUACAGUGCUGUCUGGAGCAUGUGAUGGAGAGGUUAAAAUUUGGAACUUGACCAGACGACAGUGCGUUCGUACUAUCCAAGCCCAUGAAGGCUUUGUUCGAGGCAUGUGUGCCCGUUUCUGUGGGACAUCGUUCUUCACGGUUGGUGAUGACAAAACUGUGAAGCAGUGGAAAAUGGAGAGCCCAGAAUAUGGAGAAGAAGAAGAACCUAUUCAUACAAUUCUUGGAAAGACAGUGUAUACAGGAAUUGAUCACCACUGGAAGGAACCUGUUUUUGCCACCUGUGGCCAUCAAGUGGACAUUUGGGAUGAACAAAGGACAAGUCCCAAGUGUUCUUUGACUUGGGGUUUUGAUAGCAUUAGCAGUGUAAAAUUUAAUCCCAUUGAGACAUACCUUUUGGGAAGCUGUGCUUCUGACAGAAAUAUUGUGCUAUAUGAUAUGAGAAAAUCAACUCCAUUAAAGAAGGUUAUCUUGAACAUGAGGACAAAUACACUGUGUUGGAACCCCAUGGAAGCUUUCAUUUUUACUGCAGCAAAUGAAGAUUACAACUUAUAUACUUUUGAUAUGCGCUAUCUUGAAUCACCUGUGAUGGUGCAUAUGGAUCAUGUGUCUGCUGUUCUUGAUGUGGAUUAUUCACCCACUGGGAAAGAAUUUGUGUCUGCCAGCUUUGAUAAGUCUAUCCGCAUUUUUCCUGUAGACAAAGGUCACAGCAGGGAGGUAUAUCAUACCAAACGAAUGCAGCACGUCAUCACUGUAAAAUGGACUUCAGAUAACAAAUAUAUUCUGUGUGGCUCAGAUGAGAUGAAUAUUCGCCUGUGGAAAGCCAAUGCUUCUGAAAAACUGGGAGUGCUUGCACCGCGAGAGAAGGCAGCAAUGAAUUACAAUCAGAAGCUGAAGGAGAAGUUCCAGUUUCACCCCCAGAUCAGGCGCAUCGCUCAGCACCGUCACUUGCCCAAGAGCAUAUAUUGCCAAAUCAAGGAGCAACGCAUCAUGAGAGAGGCUCGUCGGCGAAAGGAACUGAAUCGUCGCAAGCACAGCAAACCGGGAUCUGUGCCAUUUGUGUCAGAGAGGAAGAAACAUAUUGUGGCGGUAGUGAAAUAAUUGUUUUCUCAUGUACAAAAUGUCACAAUGAAAGAAAAAUGUCACUAUUGAAUGAAUACACUGUACAAAAUUGAUGGACAUUGGUAAGACAGCACAUGGCUCCAGGAACGGGGCUUUUCUUCAACUUUAUACAUCCUCUGACUUCUGAAGUCAUCAUCUGCUUUGGGUACUUAUGAGAAUUAGCACUGUAAUCUUUCACUGCCAUUUGUCUGUCUGACGUUACUGCCCCAACACUGGGUAUUGCAGUGCAGUUUGACCCUUUUGAUACAAGCAGAUAACUUGGUGGAGAAUGUCUGUAGUUCCUGUCUUAUUUCUUGGUACUGUUACUACAAAAAAAGGAUGAAAUAGAUUCUUAUUUAUCAAAGCAAAAAAACCCUUGUUCCAAACAGAGUUAUAAAAUUGAUUCUCCUUAUGCUGUCUGGUUUUUAAUUUUUAUUCAAACAAAUUUAAUAAAGAAAACAAGUGACCUUAAGGCAAUGGACUAGAUCUUGAUUAUUCCAACUUAACAAAUAUCCUGCAUUAUACUUCUUACAUACAAUAUAUUAUCUUUCUUUUAUCCAAAAGGAAUUUUGUAGUAUUUUCUGACAUCUGUAAACAUAAUUUUGUUCUGUCUUCUUAACUAUUGUUAUAUAACUUGACAAAACUUCAGACUGUUAAGUUCCUAAAAUUGACAAUGACGUAGUUGAAUAAUUUUUUCUCUUUAACUUAUUUAAAAUUUCUAAAAUCUGGAUGAAAGAUAACAUAAAUUGUAUAAACCACGGAAACUUCUUUAGAUGAGAUUUAUCAUAAGCCUUCUAUUUUAAAUUUAUAGAAGAAAAACAGAAGUUUCAUGCUUCACAAGGUAGGUACCUGUAGCCCAAACUUCCCCUGUUUGUCUGGGAAAUGUUCUGCUUCUCUUCCUGUGGGAUAAACUUCUUUUACUGAAGAUACUAAGGUGAUCAGAAAAUGAUGCUGGAAUUCAACUGGGCUUUCUAGGAUGAAAGCUUCUCUUUCGGACAGAUGAGAUAUGUAAUAACAAUAAUUUUGCUUAGCAUCUUUUGUACAAAAGGAUCUUCUUUAACCUUUGCACUAUGGUGCAGUCUGUAACAACACUCUCCCCACCCUGAGUUUAUGCACAAAAAAUAAUUAAAAUUAUAAUAAACUUUAUA